AUGCUUACUGGGAAAUAUUUCUCACUUGAUUUUGUUUUUUAUAUAGAAGAAAAUCAAAGACUGAAGAAAAGGGAAUCUACAAUUCCAGAGAUAAGUUGCUUUUUUCCCAACAAAGAUGUACCUUUACAAGUCAAUAGUUCAGCAAUAAAUGUUCUUGAGGUAGCGAAGUCUAUUGUGCGAACUUUUGAUAAGAAUACCAUUACACAAGGAUCCUCUCACUCUUACAAAAGUUCAAAUAAUUUACAAGUGGAUUCUAAAUCUAACGUACAUGUCCCUAGAGAGAAAUGGUGCCUUCAUCCUGUAGCUGUUCUUGAACUUUUGGCAACAGCAUCCCAGCCAAAAUUAGAUAAUCAUUUUGAACAGGUAUUUAAGUUUGCUGAACAACUUUGCCCUCUGGAAGUUUGGAUCAUGCAUUUUUCUCAUGAGGAUGCUGUUGUAACAGAUCCAUAUUGGCUUGCAAUAAGUUUCAGGAUAAGGGGCUUAAUUUUAUCCAUUUCUGGCACAACAAAGAAUUUACAAAUAUCCAAAUGA